ACGCGAACGGAGAUCCACAACCACCCAGAACUGCCCCGAACCGCCAAAGCGGGGGAGAGGGAGAGAACCGAUGGGAAAGGGAAAGCCUCGCCAGCGUCACAGGUCACCCAGGGAGACAAAAAAAAGCAAAGCAAAAAGCUACUCAACCGACGUCCAACGAUUGGCCCAACGCUUGAGGUCACGUGAGUUUUUCCCAACAAUAGAAUUAUACUACACGUUCAUUCCCCUGGCUCUGCCUUUUAAGCCUCUGCUUUGAACUCGUACAACCAUUCUCGGUGCUUGGAGACACACUGUGUACAAGAGAUGCCAAAGCAUACACACAAGACGUUCCUUCGUCACCUUGAUAGAGAAUUCGCUCGAAGCAUUCAGAAAAUAUCAAGCACGACACACAUUGCAGUACCAAGGAGGGAGACCCAACCGCCAACCCAUGACGUGUUGACACCACAGGGUCACAUCCCAGUGUCAGUGCCAGAAUCGAACAAGGAUGCAGAGGACAGCCGGCAAGAAUACCUCGGAGGUGCAGGUGUUCACAUGUGUUCAGGCACCUCAACCAUGGCAGGCAUUGGGAACACGGACACCGAACCAGAAAACUUACGGGCUAUCCCGUCUCCUGCAUCUGAGCAUUUCCCAGAAGCAGAUGAACGAACGUACAAGGAUGCUUUUUGUGACAAGCUGCGUCAGUGGAGUAUAAUGUAUCACAUCCCACAUGAUGCCUUAACGGCUCUUCUUAAGCUUCUCCAGUCCUGCCCUUCACACGAAUCAGUGCCAGGUUGUGCGAGAACACUCUUACGGACACCUCGGACCAGCACAAAGGUAGUUCAAAUGGGGUCAGGAAAGUAUUGCCAUUUCGGCCUGUCAUCCGGGCUACAGCAUGUCCUGCAGAAUGCCUUGCAUCUUCCAGAUGUACUUUCCCUUCAUUUCAAUAUUGAUGGACUUCCGCUUUCAAGAAGCACAAGGGACCAGUUCUGGCCCAUACUUUGCAGGACUGCGAAUUGUGGUGAUGGACAGCCAUUUUUUGUUGGUGUCUAUUAUGGAAAAUCAAAGCCGUCAGAUGUAAACAUCUUCCUCCGACCGUUUGUAACAGAAGUUCAGGAAGUUCUCGAGUCUGGCAUUGCGAUACAACACAAGCUGGUUGGAAUAAAGAUCACAGUAAUUGUGUGUGAUGCCCCUGCAAGGGCAUUUGUUUUGUCAGUGAAAAGUCACAGCGGAUUCCACAGCUGUACCAAGUGUACCAUCAGAGGAGACUACAAGAAUGGACGGGUUUGUUUUCCUGUUACGCAAUCUCAGCAGAGGACAAAUGAAAAUUUCAGGAAUUUUGCCCAAAAUGAACACCACACUGGAGAAACCAUUUUGACUGAGCUUCCUAUAGACAUCAUCACUGCAAUACCAUUGGACUUCAUGCAUCUUGCCUGCCUUGGUGUUGUCCGUAAAUUGCUCCAGCUCUGGUUCUCUGGCCCUAGAUCUUCAUUCAGACAAAGCUCAAGGACUUGCUUCGAGGUGUCACAAAAACAUACCUCUCUCCGGAAGCAUGUCUGCUCUGAGUUUAGCAGGAAACCAAGAAGCCUUCUCGAAUUAGAUACAUGGAAAGCAACUGAGCUGAGGCUGGUACUGCUGUAUACUGGUCCAGUUGUUCUCAAAUCUUCUAUCCCAAGCACAAUGUAUUGUAACUUCAUGGUUCUCCACUGUGCCCUUACUAUUCUUGCCAGUGCAGCACAUGUUGAAGAGCACUUGAGAUACGCAAGGGAACUGCUGCUUUACUUUGUUAAUACUUUUGCAUCGAUCUACGGUGAGGGCCGUGUCUCCUAUAAUAUUCACGGGUUGCUACACUUGGCAGAUGACGUAGAGAACCAUGGUCCUGUUGACCUGUGGAGUGCUUUCCCAUUCGAGAAUUACAUGCAACAAGUAAAGCGGUGGAUCAGAAAGCCAGAACGGCCACUGGAACAGUUAUUUAAACGUGUUACGGAAGAGAUGAAGCUUCCCUACUCCACACGUAAAGCCGGCAACUGUGAAGUGACGUUAAGCCUUGAACAUGAUUCAGGGCCCUUGCCUAUUUUCUGUGAAGGACCUCAAUACAAGAAAGUUGCCAUUGGGAAUAAGUAUGUGCUGAGGAAUACCUGUGGUGACAACUGUUGUGUUCUGUUGGAUGGCAGUGUCAUUGAAGUACAGAACAUUGCCCUUUUCUCAACAACAAGAAAGCCGUGUAUUAUUGGAAGACGGUUCCUCCAGAAAAAUGACCUGUACACCUUUCCGUGCCCAUCGUCGUCAUUUGGAAUUUAUGCGGCAUCAGGACUCUCAGACACUAGCGCCUGGCCAUUGGAAAUUGUAUCAUCAAAAUGUAUGAAGCUCCCGUUUCAAGGACAGUGGGCAAUCUUUCCGUUGCUGCACUCUCAGCUGUUAAGGAACAGUGGCUGUGAUGUUGAGGUUGCUUGAGUAUUUAUUCUAUUACAGAAAGGAUGCUUUUCAAGGUGUGCUUGACUGAAAGUUGUAGACGUUCGUUGUGCUCUUAUUACAAUAUUUUUGUGCAGAUCAACGACAUUUUUUUAUUGUCAAAUUCCCUGGAGAAGACAACGACGUUGAUGUGGUGCACUCAACUUGGGUUGAAGAUGGAC